GCCUUUUUGGCUCGAGCAUUAUUGCCCGUGUGUUUGGGCCUCGCAGGGCCUCCCCGCAGAAGCCGAAUCAGAUGACGGCGACGCCGAUCAGCUCUCAGGACUUCGACCAGGACUCAGUAGUGGGCGGCAGCUGGGCCAGUGCAGGGUCGGACCGGUCCGGCGGCACGGUGGAGAUUUCCCUCUCGGCUGCUGGGCAUGCUCUACCGCCGCAGCAGGCGCCGCCUGCGCGACAUCCAGGCCAGCUGCCAGGCCCUGCUGAAGCUCGACCGCGCCCGGAGCUCCCUGCGCGUCUCGGGCUCGGAGGAGGCGAUCCGAUCCGUGCGGCGGCACCUGGAGAACUUGAGUGGCCCGUGCAAGCCAUUGGCACCAGCGGUGUGGGCAGAGCUGAUGCGAACGCGCACGCUCCGCCACAGCUCACGCGCGACCAUCGCGCACAUCCAGGAACGCAGCGGCUGCCGCAUCCACAUCGAGCGAGGCAAGCAGGAGGCUCGGCUGUUUGGGCCAAAGGAGGGCAUCGCCGUGGCGGACCGGCUGCUGGACGAGUUCGCGGAGACGUGCGUCGAGGAGGCGGUGAGCGCGGGAGGCCCGGCCGGCGCGCUGUCCGUCGACACGCUGCAGGCCCUCGCCCAUGCGUUCGGCGUCACGCUGCGAGUGGAGCACCAGGAUGUGGUGGUGCUCGGGGUCAAGGCGUCGGUCACCGAGGCCUGCCGGGAGCUCCGUGCUUUUGUCUCGGACCCUGAUGGCUACAGCGUCGAGUCGCUGCCGAAGGUGCCCGAGAGUGACAGCGAGGAGCAUGCUGCCGACGAGGCCCAGCUGGCGCGGGCAAAGGACGCCUGCAGCAGAGCUGGGGCGGUGCCCCCCACUCGCACGAGCGUCGCUACCAAGAAGCCGAAGUCGCCAGUGGAGCAGCCUGCUGCGCCCAGGGCGAGCAGCAAGCGCGACGCUCCCGCCGUCCAGACCUGUCAGAGGCAUAUCUGCCCUACCUGCGGCUCGGGGCGCUUCUGCGCGGGGUGCGGCGUCCAGAUUUGGCAGGUCAGCUUCCUGAACUUCAUGCAGCCGGCCCAGGGCAUGGUGGCUGCAGGCAUGCCCGUGCAGCCCAGCUGCGAGGUGCCAGCGCGGGCGGUGGCUGGCAUGGCCAUGCCGUUCGAACAGCGAAAGAGCUCCGAGCAAGAUAGCCAGAUGCAGUUCUCAUGGGUGCCGGUGCAGCAGCCCCAGAUGUUCUGCGCUUCGCCGGGCGGCGCGCAGGCACAGGGGCAGAUGGGCAUUGCGUGCAUGGUCCCGGCGGGCGUCGUCCCCGCCUGGUGCGGGUGCUGAGUCAGCGGCGGGGCGGCGUCGCCGCCUGGGCCGCGGAGGGGGGGGUACCCCUCGGCCCUUCGGCCGCGCUGCCCUCUUGGGGGCCAUCGACGUCCCUGGCGAGCAAUGCUGGGACCUCUAUGGCAUCAGCGGGGCGCCCGCAGUCGUCGCGGACUGCAUCGAUCCAGCACGCGCCGGCGGAGGCAGAGGUGACGCCACACCCUAGCCUCGGGCCCUGAGGCGGCGAAGGUGCCGGAGCCACGCUGGUCGCUCUGAAUCUUCUUGGCCUCCACGUCUGCGCCUCUCCUCACCUGGAACGCGCUUGUCCAUCUCCGGUGCUGCCAGUCCCCAGUUUUGCCUCGGUCGUGGGUGAGGCCCUGCUCGUCGGCACCUCUGGGCGGGCACCUGGGCGUGCGUGCCGGGACCAGGUCUGACGAUUUAGCGCCAGACAUUCGGACCUGGGGUUCGGGCCCAUGCGGUUUCCCAUUCUGCAGUUUCUGCGGUCUCUCUCCUCUCGGCAGCGUGUCUGAGCUUUGGCGCGGGAGCGCCGCUUCCAUUCGGGAAGCGGCGGCGCAGGUGGUGGUGGGGACUGCUUCCAGGCAGCUCAGGAGUCGUUUGCACUCAUCCGCUGCUGUCUUUCGGAAUGUCUGCCAGCCAGGACACGGUUGUAAUGGAUCUGUCGUCAGUUGCUUCCGACUGAGUCAGGACACGUCGGCGAGCAAGCGUUUUCGAGCGUGUGCCGCCUCGGCCGACUACCUUUGCAGCGACAGGCGCUGCAGAUUUUUGUUUUCUAAUUUUUCUGGCCGUGUUGGUCCCCAGCUUCCACUCGACAUGCUAGGAUACAGCUAGCAGUAUUCCCACGUGGUAGAGUUGAGUUCGUGUGUGUGUGCCUUUGUGCACAGGGAGCCUAAGCUGGGACAAUGUGGAGCCUAUUUUUCCGCUCAAAUGCGAACUUUUUAAGACUCUGCCAGAGUCGCUAGAGUGUACCUCGUUGCACCUUUUCCGCAGCUCACAGCGAUCGCGUGAACGUUGACAUCGAAUGAUGCCAGGAGCGCAAUCAGUAGUUCCUGAGGCACGUACGCGGCAUACCAAUCUCGAGGUCUUCUUGUCCCCAGGUAACUUGCAAGCGAAAUCUUGCUUGCAAGUACUACUUUGUCCUCCGUCUCCUUCCACUCCUGCCUUCCCCUUCUCGUUUCCCCCCCCCCGCUUCCCGCUCGCACACGUCCCGUCGCCACGUUGAUGCCAAGACGCUCGCCGUGAAGCUCACUCCAGGCCUGCCCGCUCGCGACCGGCAGCCACCGCAGCGCCCGUGCCGUGGCACGUGUGCAAGCCAGGAGGUGCAUGCCGGGCGCGCGCGCCCGCGUGCGGCGCACCUUUUCUGUCCAGCCUGGGGCACAUCCCGAUCCCUGUGCUUGGCAUGGCCGCAUCUCGAUGCCAAUCGCAAGUGUCCUCUCAGUUUCGGAAGGCGCAUCCCUCAG